GCUCAACACACUCCAAACAGUCUCACGAAUACAAAUAAGCUUCGUUUGGCUGUGUCUUUCUCUCUAACCAGCCCUAUUCGGCUCUCUCUAUCGCUUCUAGCUGUAGAGAUAUUCCAAACCUCUCUCUUUCUUCCACCUCCUUCUUCAUCACCCUUCCUUGCACCACUCCUUAUAUAUCUGGAAAAAAAAAACCACUUGGAAGAAGGAAACAAUCAUGGGGUGGUUCAACAUGGGGUUGCUCUUCUUUUCUUCCAUGCUUUUUGCUUUGGCCUCUGCCUCCUCCAGAAACUUGCCCAUCAUACCCUUUGAUGAAGGCUAUGCGCCCUUGUUUGGGGACAGUAACUUGGUCAUCCAUAGGGAUGGCAAAUCGGUUCAUCUUUCUCUGGAUGAAAGAACAGGUUCAGGAUUUGUGUCUCAUGAUCUUUACCUUCACGGCUAUUUCAGCGCUUCCAUUAAGUUGCCUGCUGAUUACACUGCCGGAGUUGUGGUUGCCUUUUAUAUGUCAAAUGGUGACAUGUUCCAAAAUAACCAUGAUGAAAUCGACUUUGAGUUUUUGGGGAACAUUAGAGGCAAAGACUGGAGGAUUCAGACCAAUGUUUAUGGCAACGGUAGCACCAACAUUGGCAGAGAGGAAAGAUAUGGUCUCUGGUUUGACCCAGCCGAUGAUUUCCAUCAGUACAGUAUUGUCUGGACAGAUUCUCAGAUCAUAUUUUAUGUGGAUAAUGUUCCUAUUAGAGAAGUGACGCGAACCGAAUCUAUGGGAGGAGAUUUCCCCUCUAAGCCAAUGACUUUGUAUGCAACAAUAUGGGAUGCAUCUGAUUGGGCCACCAAUGGAGGCAAAUACAGGGUCAACUACAAGUAUGCACCCUACGUUGCUGAAUUCUCUGACCUUGUCCUGCAUGGUUGUGCAGUGGAUCCAAUUGAGCACGUGGCCAAGUGUGACAAUGCUGAAGCAAUUCCUUCUAGUGUUACACCUGCACAGAGAAUCAAAAUGGAGAGUUUCAGGAAGAAGCACAUGACAUACUCCUACUGCUAUGACAAAGUUAGAUACAAAAGCCCUCCAUCAGAGUGUGUGAUCAAUUCCCAAGAAGCUGAGAGGCUGAGAAAGUUUGAUCCUGUCACUUUUGGUAGUGGCCGGCGUCACCAUGGUAAAAGACACCGUCACAGCAGAGGAAGCCAGACAGAAGCUGCUUCAUUUUAAGAGGGUUCCUUUGAUGUAGUUUGAUUACCUGGGUUCAUAUUUUCUUAUUUUUUUCUCUUCUUUCCUUUUAAUUUCGGUGUAUAGAGAGAGGGGCAUAGGAUUCUUGAAUAUGAUAGUUUUGAUAUGAUGGUUAUUGCUGGUGCGUAUGUGGUGUAUAGUUCAUACCUUUAGGUUCCCAGGUAUUUUGUCAUUCAUGUCUUAUCACUUAUGCUUUACAAAUUAAAUCUGUUGAUUUUUGUAUUUAGACCACACCUCAGUGUUUCAAUAAAUUAUUUAGCUUCAGUUUUA